AAACAGCCAAUUGCUUUGUUUUUUUUUUUAUCUUUCUUGCAUCCCCUCCACUUUCCUCCCAUUUCCCCUCACUUUCGACUCCCAACUUACACCCAGCUGGAGAUUUUCCCAAGAAAAUUUCUGGGUUUUCUUUAUUGAUUCCUUGCUAUUGUUGCAAUCCAUUAUCUGGGUACAGAAAUUUUGAAUUCUACCUUCCAAUUCUCUCAAAUGGAAAAGGAACAGCCUUUUCUCAGUGAGGACAAUACAGUAUUACCCAAUUGGAAUUCUGCUAGUUUUGGAAUUGAAAUUCAAUCCAAUGAGCUGAAUUGUGGGUCAGAACAACUUCCCAAUUGCUUUUUGAAUCCCAAUUGGGAAAAUUCAAUGGAUCAGAGCGAUCCCUUUGAGUCUGCCUUGAGUUCAAUGGUCUCAUCGCCGGCUGCCUCUGGUGCCGACGGCGACGGCGUUGUCAUCAGAGAACUCAUAGGCAGACUGGGUAGCAUUUGCAAUUCUAGUGAAAUUUCACGUCAGUCUUACAUUACUGGUAACAAUAGUACUAACAAUUCAUGUUAUAGUACCCCAUUGAAUUCCCCACCUAAGCUCAACCUCUCAAUGAUGGAUCACCAGAUCAGAAGGAAUUCGUCGAUUCCCGGAAACCAUUUACCAUUUUCCGCGGAUCCUGGAUUUGUAGAGAGAGCUGCAAGAUUUUCCUGCUUUGGGAGUAGGAAUUUGGGUGGCCUAAAUGGCCAAUUUGGGCUCAAUGAGUCUGAAUUGCCUCAUAGAUUGACACCCAUAAUGGAAUCCAGCAAGCUUUCCAGAGUUUUAUUUAACCAGGCUAUGAAGGUUGCUGGAUCUCCAAUGGGUGUGCUUGGAAAUCCUAAAAAUGGAGAAUUUGGCAAUUCCCGGGAGGGAUCUUCGGUUUCUGAGCAGAUCCCCGAUGGAGAAAUUGGCACGAAAGUUCUGAGUGAUGCAAAUGCCAGAAAGAGGAAAUCAAUUCGCAGAGGGAAAGCCAAGGAAAAUGCUCCAUCUUCCCCUGCUAAAGAUGGCAAGGUUGCAACAGAGAGUGAUGAAUCAACUGCAAAGAGAACCAAAAAAGAUGAAUCCAGUGGAAAUGAGAAAGAUAUUGCAAAACCAAAGGCAGAAAAAAGUGAGAAUGGAAAAGCUAAGGACAGUGCAAAGCCUUCGGAGCCUCCCAAGGACUAUAUCCAUGUCAGAGCCCGACGUGGACAGGCUACGGAUAGCCACAGCCUUGCUGAAAGAGUCCGGAGAGAGAAAAUUAGUGAAAGAAUGAAGUUCUUGCAAGAUCUUGUACCGGGUUGCAAUAAGGUGACUGGGAAAGCUGUUAUGCUCGAUGAAAUUAUAAACUAUGUGCAGUCAUUGCAGCGCCAGGUCGAGUUCUUGUCAAUGAAAUUAUCAACUGUAAAUCCAAGGAUGGAUUUUAACAUGGAAGCUCUCGUGUCAAAGGAUAUCUUUCAAUCUAUGCCACACAUUAUUCACCCAUUAGAUAACACAUCAUCACCUGCAUUCCCUUAUGGAUACCAGUCUCUUCAUGGGCCAACCCUACAUGGUGGCUUGCCUAAUGGCACAGAGACCUCUUUAACCAUGAACCCUUUGAAUGGCGCGCCUCAGUCUCAGCCUACCACAUUCUGGGGGGAUGAUCUCCAAAGUGUUGUUCAGAUGGGUUUUGGCCAAAAUGAGCCACAGAACUUUCAUGGUGCAAUGGCCACAACCCAGAUGAAAGUUGAGCUAUGAAACACAUUAAAUCAGCAUAAUGUUGAAUUCAUUUGAAGCCCCAAGUGAGAGUGGCUUCUGUAUAGACAGAGAAAGAGGGAGAUGUGGAACAAACUUAUUGGGAUUAUGAGAAAGAAAGCAUCUUCUCUUUCAUUUUAAUUAUCCAUUAUAAACUCACUAUAGGACUAAUUGAAAGUUGAGAUAUAUUAUUGUUAGCAUGGUGAGAAGUGUGCUGCUAUUCAUAGGGUUGAUGAGAUAGAGAAAGUAUUCAUGUAAGCUAUUGUUUCCAACCUUGUAUUUCAUAUCUCUUUACCAUUCAGAAAUUUUAUCAUUAAUUCAUUGAGAAAUCUUAUGAUAA